AUGCAGUUCCACACCAGCCAUCUCUUCUUCUGGCUCGGUGCCGCUCUUGCGGCGGGCGCUUUCUACCUCUUCGCCCUCGUCGUUUACCGCCUCUUCUUCCACCCUCUCUCCAAGUAUCCCGGCCCCUGGCUCGCCAAGGUCACCAAUGGCUACCAGCUCUACCACGCCUGGAAGGGUGACCGCCAUCUCCAGUUCUGGCGCCUCCACCAGAAAUAUGGCCCCAUCGUUCGCUUCGCCCCCAACGGGCUCUCCUUCAACUCCUCCACCGCCCUCCGCUCCAUCUACUCCUACCGCUCCAACGUAGGCAAAGCCCACUUCUACGACGCCUUCGUGCACCCGGCCCCGAACACGCACAACACGCGCGACCGCGAGAUCCACGCCCGCAAGCGCCGCGUCAUCAGCCACGGCUUCUCCGACGCCGCCGUCAAGGAGAUGGAGAGGUACGUGCUCGCCAACGUGCGGACUUUCUGCGAGGAGAUCGGACCUAGGGGCAAGGAGGGUGCUGUGAGCGUGGUUGAUGAGAAGAAAGGGUGGAGCCCGGCUAGGAAUAUGAGUGAUUGGUGUAAUUAUUUGGCUAUGGAUAUUCUUGGAGACUUGUGCUUUGGAAAGGCGUUUAGGAUGUUGGAGAGUGCGGAGAAUAGGUACGCGUUGGACUUGGUGGCUGCUGCGACCAAGAGGCAUUUGAUCUGCGGCACGAUGCCCCUCGUCGACCAGCUCGGUGUCGACAAGGUCCUCUUCCCCGAAAUUGCUGCCGGCAGGGCGCGAUACAUGGCUUACAGCAAGUCCCAGCUCAUGGAACGCACCAAGAUGGGCGACGACACCGACCGACGCGAUUUCUUCUAUUACCUCCUCAAGGCGCGGGAUCCUCACACUGGCAAAGGCUUCACGACUCCCGAGCUCUGGGCCGAGUCCAACCUUCUCAUCAUCGCCGGCUCCGACACGACCUCCACAGCCAUGGCAGCCACCCUCUUCUACCUCGUCCGCAACCCCUCCGCCCUCGCCCGCGUCACCCAGGAAAUCCGCUCCACAUUCACCGACGUCGAAGAAAUCCGCCAAGGCGCCACCCUUACCUCUCUCACCUACCUCCGCGCCUGCAUCGACGAAGCCAUGCGCAUGUCCCCCUCCGUCGGCGGCCUCCUCCCCCGCGAGGUCCUCUCGGGCGGCAUGACCAUCUGCGACGAGUUCGUUCCCGCUGGUACAGUCGUCGGAACGCCGCACUACACUAUUCAUCACCACGAGGAGUAUUACCCUUCGCCAUUUACGUAUAUCCCCGAGCGCUGGCUCGCUGGCGAGACGAAUCCCGUGACUGGAAAGACUGUUACGGAAGAUGAGGUUGCUACUGCGCAGAGUGCUUUCUGCCCAUUCAGUAUUGGACCUAGGGGUUGUAUUGGAAAGGGGUUGGCGUAUAUUGAGAUGAGCAUCACGUUGGCGAGGGUGCUGUUCUUGUAUGAUUUGAGGAGGGCCGUGGGAGUUGUUGAUCCCGGUGAGGGGAGGGAGGAUUUGGAGUGGGGGAGGCAUAGGAGGGAGGAGUUUCAGCUUAUUGAUACGUUUACGAGCAUGAAGGAUGGACCUAUGAUUGAGUUUAGGCCGAGGGAGGGUGUUGAGGCUUGA